UCCUUGACGAGGGAAGGCAGAUCAAAAUUAACGACGGUUUUCAGACUUAUUUCUCGACUUCUGCGGUUGCUUUGCACCAACUUAACAUGAAAGGUAACAGCUCGGAGGAACAUCUCAGCACUGCAGCGUCCAUUGUUCUGUCAGUGUGGCUCUCCUUGUCUGGUUUAGCCGCUGUAACUGGAAAUGUCGUUGUGUUAUGGCUGUUCUACAAACACGAGUCUUUACGAACAAUUUCAAACCGGUUUUUAGCCUCGUUAUCCGUGGCGGACGUUUUUGUCGGCCUCGUCAUAGAUCCUUAUUGGAUUGUUAUCAGAUGUUGGAAUUCGCGAAGAGUUCAAAGGAAAUUGGUUAUGAUUACUAAAAUGCUGUGGAUUCAUACAACUGCAGCCACUACUUUAAACUCGUGCUGUGUUUCAAUCGACCGUUUUACUGCGAUUCGGUUUCCUUUUCGGUAUCAGGACAUUUUAACCAAGAGGAGAUGUUUGGCGGUCAUUAUUUUGGUGUGGUUCAUCUCGCUGAGUCUUUCUUUUCCAAUAUUGUUCUUUCAACCAGGAAAGGAUCGAAAAGGACUUUUUGUGUCCAUUACAUGUACAAUGUUUUUAGCUCCAUUAUUAGUAGUCUCCUUUUGCUAUAUAAUCAUUUUCAAAGUAGCUAGAAAACAGUUUGGGAGAAUUUUAGCAGCUAAGAAGCUUCCUGACUCAAGCGAAAAUAUAAGAGCUCGUGUCACGCAAAAUUUGAAAGCUAUCAAAACAGUAGGUUUUGUUUUAAGUGCUUGCAUCAUCACAUGGAUGCCCAGUGUAGUUCUGCAGUUGGUUAAAUUUUAUUAUAUGGAAGAAGAAAAGCGUUGUAGACUAAGGAAACUUACAUUUGUCGUAUCACCUUGGGUUGAGGCAAUCGCUUUUACUUCAUCAGCGAUCAACCCAUUGAUUUACUACUUCAGAAAUAGCGACUUUCGCCAAGCCUUUCGCCGCACCUUCCAUUGGUUGCCCUGUGUUCACGAACAAGAUGCAUCACACCUAAGAGCACAACCAGAGCGAAACAGGUUGAAUCGAAAUGUUGGAACUUGUGGCAAUUUAACAGCUAAGGAGACAGAAGUCUGA